AUGGCUCUCAUGACCUGCAGGAAGCUGGAGGACAAACUUGCAAACCACAAGAUCGAGCUCAGGCCGUGGACCCUCAACCUCAACCUUGAAGACUUGCGCAAAAACCGGGAGAUGCCUGGUGCUUUCCUAUCCUUCCUAGGCGUGGCUGACUCAACACUACCACUACGUGGUACUGCUCACCGUGUGGUGAGGGGAGCGCCUGAAUCAGAGGCCAUGGUCAACGCGUUCUGCACCAGUAGCUUGUGGCUUCGGCAAGUGCUCCAGCAGUUUCCUGCUGCUAUCCCAGAGUCCCAGUUCGUGGUCCCUUCACAGUCGAUCCUAUCACACUCCGAACGACGGAACCUGACAGACUUGCAGGAAACUGCCCAAUGGCUCGGAGGCAUCAAUGUCCCUCGCAUGGUGCUGAAGUCUUUGAUGAGUGGUGUGAAGAACAGCUUUGGAACAAUAGUGCUGCACCCUACUUCCUACGACGGCGCCCUUGAGUUGGCAGCGAUCUCGGAGGGGAUGUGGGUCAUGGGAACCAGCAUUGUGGACGCCCACUUCAAGGCUUCAUCGGAUGCUGUGAAGAACCACUUGCUCCAGGCCUGGAAACAAGGAGCCCACCCCAUGGAUGGCCAAUCCAAGAGGCACAAGAAAGACGUUCCCAGUGAUGACCUUCCAAAGGCACCAGAGCUCCCUGAACUCAAGUUGUGUCAACACAACAAUGGGAAGAUCUCAAUACCCCGUGAUGUACGCCAGCACUUCAUGCAAUGCCCAGUGCAUGGACCAGAGUGGCGCGAGCUGCUCGUUGCUUUCGACAAAGACUGGGGGGCCACUCCUCCUCCUGCAGGUGCUGGAGCCUUCAAGCUGGAACCAUUUGACUGGGCUACAUGUUUUUCUGGGUCGCCUACCACUUUGGAUGCCUUGAAGCAAAAGUUUGGGGCUGAUUUGACUGAGAUGGUGGGGAUUGGCAAGACUUUGCUCUAUCUAGCGCCGGGCCCCCAAUUGUAUGUGGGGGCUAAGGAGUGCGCGGUGCACCUGAAAGCCCUGGAGGGGGCAAUCGUGUCGCACGGGGCAGGAUCGUGGUUGACAGGUGACAAGGCGGCUAAGUUCGAGAGCAACAACCCCGACCGUGGCAUUCCGUGCAAGAUUGACUCCGACGACAUCGGAUGCAUCUAUGAGGAGAACAGUGUGGAUGGGCCGAUGCAAUCGUUGAGGACCAUCCUGCAGCACAUCGAAUCCCAGGGCAUCGUAGAUUUCCAGUUGGGUGGGCACAAGGUUGCACGACCGCCGGAUGUCCAGCAGGGUAAAGCCCCUGACCAUUUCGAUGUGAUGCCAGAGGACGGCAACCCACUCAUUUGGAGGCCCCAAGCCAUUCAGGCCAAGAAUUUGAAAGGGACCAACAUUGCGAGCCAUUUCACACUCUCUGCGCUCAAAGAUUCACCGCUGCACCUGGUUUGGAGGCUCCGCCUAUACCCGGCUGAGCGGAUGAUUGCGGCUGCAAAGCCGCUUUGGUUUCUCCCAGCAGAUUUGCAGCCGGCAAAGGACGGUUGCCAGCGCAUCAUUUAG